AUGGCUACCGGCGCACAGGUAGAGCUCACCAACGAUUCCGACCCGGUCGUCGACCAGCAGGACCUCGCCCACAGCGCUGGUGCGAACGGCGCGACGACCGUCGCGGGCAAGUAUGUGGGCAAGGAACACAAGUGGGCGCGCCCGCCAUCCAGCCGGUGGAACCAUGAACACCUGUACCAGACUUUGCCCAUUGCCGGCGCGAUUGGCCUGACGUGGCUGUUCAACACCGUCUACGGCCCCACCUUCUACCCGUGGCUCAACGCACACUACACCCCGUUCGAGAUCAACUGCUGGUGGACGCUGGCGCUCACGUCGGGCUUUUACUGGGCCGUCGGGCUCGUGUUCAUGGCGCUGGACAUGGUGCCGUUCCUGCACGCGCGCGUGGCGCAAUACAAGCUCCAGCCGCGCAAGAUCACCUGGAGCGAGUAUGCGCAGGUAUGCGGCAUCGUGGCGCGUAACCAGCUGUGCGUCAACUUGCCGCUCACGGCCGCGUCGGCGUACUUUAUGCCGCGCCCGACCGACCUCCCGCUCCCGGGGCUGGGCUGGACGGCGGUCGUGUACGUGGUCUGCCUGGGGUUUGAAGAGGCCGGGUUCUACCUCGUCCACCGCGCCGUCCACUCGAAGCGCCUCUACGCCAAAGUCCACAAGAUGCACCACCGCUUCUCGGCGCCGGUCGCGUUCGCAAGCACGUACUGUACCGUGGCGGAACACCUCAGCAGCAACUUGCUGCCGAUCGUGCUCGGCGUGGGCCUCAUCAACGCGCACUGGAGCCUCACCAUCAUGUUCUUCUGCAGCCUCGAGCUGGGCACCUUGGCCACGCAUUCCGACUAUAACAUUCCGGGUCUCAGCGACGCGCUGCAGCAUGACUGGCACCACUACUCGUUUACAGAGAACUUUGGGCCCACGGGCGUCAUUGACGAGUGGCUCGGCACAAACUCAAACUACAAGGUCUGGCUCGGCGAGCUGCAGCGGCGCGACAAGGACACGCCCGGGUGGUAUACCCGUGCGCGCAUGGAGCUCGCGCAGAAGACCCAGUGA